GUUUUUUAAAAAUGAAGGUCACUCUUUCACGCCUGUGCGAUAUGUUCACCAUGCUGAAACACAUUGCUUGAGUGCAGUCGAUGUGUUGAAAUGCGAGGGAACGUUGCAUGAAAGAAUGAACUUCAUGAGCGUAUAACAAUACCAGACACACUGCACUCGUAAACAUGGCAUCUUCGAGCGGAAGGCCAAGGAAACGGAGGCCGGAAUUCUCCGGUAUGGAGCAGCCGCCUCUUAUCAAACAGCUCAGAGGCAUUCUGUCAGAGUACCCAGACGGCGGACAGAUUCUUAAAGAAUUGAUUCAAAAUGCCGAUGAUGCGGGUGCGUCGGAGUUGAAGAUUAUGCUUGAAAGCAGGAGGAUUAACAGAAAUUUAACGGACGAAUCUGCAGAGUUUACGAAAUUCUUUCAGGCACCAGCCCUUUGUAUUUACAAUGACGCCGAGUUCACAGAAGAAGACUGGAGAGGAAUUCGGAUGAUAUACAGCAGCGUCAAGGAAGAAGACAGUCUCAAAGUUGGACGAUUUGGACUGGGAUUCAAAUCUGUUUUCCAUAUGACAGACUAUCCGUGUGUUGUAAGUGGCAAUACAAUGCUUCUUAUCGAUCCCCUGGGACCUGCAAAUAAGGUUAAUGCAAUAUUUAAUAUUGCUGAACUUAAUGACACUGACGGCAUCGACACGAGCGAUGUUUUGCGUGCACUUGAGGGAAAAUAUGAAUUUAAUAAAUCCGUUGUUGAAAAGGGGGGAUACUUUCGCGGAACAAUGUUUUGGUUUCCUCUUAGGGAAAAAGCUUCGCCCAUUUCAGAUGAUGUUUAUGAUGUCGGUAAAGUCGAAAAGUUGUUUGGUAGUCUUAGUUCUGAAUCAUCAAGCAUUCUUAUCUUCCUUAAAUCACUCGUGCGUUUACACCUGUUAAAAAUGUCACAGUCAGGAAAAGAAGAAUACGUUUUACGAGUACAAAUUCAAGAUGAGAAAGAAAUUCAGACAAGAAGACAGUCGUUUUUCUCUUGUAUAAAGAGUGCAUCGUCUAAGCAAGAUGUGGCAAGCAUUUUCAAAAUGACGAUUAAGGAAGAAUCAACUACUAGGCCUGUGCAGUUAACACAGUGGCUUGUUGUAAACUAUUACAUAGUGCAUAAUGCGUCAAAUGAUUUCAAGAGGCUUAUUCAGAGCCCGAAGUUAGGUUUAAGUCCAUGUGUAGGGGUCGCUGCGAAGAUUGAGCCAUUCACUGCGGUUGAAGGACACAUAUUUUGCUUUUUACCUCUUCCAAAAGAAGGAACGAAACUUACAGGCUUACCAUUUCAUGUCAAUGGUUUCUUUGCACUUAACCAGAACAGACAUCAUUUGAAGUGGGCAACCGACGAUCAGGAUCACCAAUACGUGAGUGAGGAGAUUCUUUGGAAUGAGAAACUUUUGACUGAGGCACUGCCUUUAGCAUUCCAGAAGGCCCUCGAUACAUCCAUGAGCAAUGCGGUGACGUAUGGAAACAAGGCGUCUUUGGUCGAAGGAGUUUAUUUGUGGAUUCCCAAUUUGGAAACAGUUCUUGAAAAAUGGAAACUUUUUUUUAUGACCGCAUUACAGUUGUUUGAGGACAAAAAUAUUGUGUUUUGUGAACACUUUAAUUCUUGGAAACGUGUUUCGGAUGCGUUUUUUACCACGUUUUCAAACCUUCCUCACAAAUUAGAGUAUGUCACGGCAGCGGUGCGAAAGGCAAUCGGUUCUUGCGGGCAAAGCCCAGUUGUGGUACCAGAGCACGUUUUUCUUACAUUGAAUUUGUUGUUUGGACACCAAAUUAAUGACAUAUCGCCAUUUAAUUUGGCUGUUAUCUUGAGGAACAAUUCGAAUUACAAAUUCAUGACUGAUAAAGAAAAACAAGCUCUCGCUGUGUAUCUUACAAGUGAAGGAAACAGUCAUACAUUGGAAGGUCUUGAUCUGUUAUUGUUGGCGUCGGGAGAAUGGGACACCUUCAAACAUAAUGGUAGUACAAAAUACAUUUGUUCUGUGAGUGAAGUGGACAUGUUUCCGGGCAGUGAAAGAAUGUUCAUCAUUCCGUAUGCAAGACUGGAUCAAUGUACAAAGGAAGCAAUGCACCUCAUAUGCGAAAAAAAACACUACCCAAUUCGGGAUUUAGAUGACGACAUUUUGAAACAAUUGCUGCUACGAACGCUCCAGUCACAUUUGGGACCAUCAUUGAUUAUGACUGAGAGGUCAAAUCUGACCAUAAAAUGGCUUGCACUUGUUUGGAUGUCUAUAUCUAACCGUGGAAUCCGUAAGUUUUUAGAUGUUCCAAUAUUUCCAGUUCUGGAAGCCGGGUCCUUUGAUUCGAAAUAUAAAAUAAAACUUGUCCCUCUGCACAAGUCUGAUUUACUUCUGAAGACUGAACAAACUGGCAACAAAUGCUUGGAUAAUGACGUUGAACGAAGCUUAUGCUUGCUUGGAAUUACAGUUAUAACUCAGUUGCCAAGUUGGUUAUCGUGUGAUAUGAUAAAGGAGUUCGUUUUGCGUCCAACGAUAGAAGAUGUAAAACAGCUAUUGCAAAGGAAAGCAAGAUCCAUUGACCAGCAAACGAUAGACUCGUUUAACAAAAAUGCGACGAUGUCAAACAGAUCUCAAUUUCUUGACGUCUUGUCACAGUUUGGCUCAUUUGACGGCGAUUUGGUUUAUUUAUUGCGAAAACUUUUGUUGUUUAGAUCUAUCAAACAAUUAGAAAUAUGUAUUUUCGUUGAUUCCCACACACAUUUUGUACACGAAUCUGAAAAAGACAAGUUCCCUAAGAAUAUUGAAUUUCCUGAUAAUUGUAUCAUAGUUAGAGAAAAGGAAGAGGUCAUAGUCAAACAACUAGAUUGUAAGAAACUGACUUUGCACGAAUUUAUGCGCGUGAAACUAGCAGUCCGCGAGUUUGACAUGUCAAAAAAGGAAAAUAAAUAUGUUAUAGUAUUCUUUCUUACCAAUAUUCAACGAUUUUCUUCCCUGAUUAAACCUGUCUCCGAAAUGCGAUUCAUGAAAGACACUGCUGGGCAACUAGUUAAACCGUCAGAAAUAUUUGAUCCAUUUGACGAAUUUCUAUGUCGUUUGUUUACCGGAGAACAUGUUUUUCCGGUAGUUACAGACGAAAUGCGAGCACACAGAGCUGCAUUCAUCAAACUUGGAAUGAAAGGAGUUGACAACAUACUGCCUGAAAAUAUCUACAACGUAGCAAAAACCAUUGACUCAAUGUCCAAAAUCGACUAUAAUAUGUAUGAUAAAGCGAAAGCUCUUCAAGAAUACAUCGAAAACAAUCCAGGUGUACUCCGGAAAACACUAUGGUCAAGUAAAACUCUAGGGAAUGAAAUAAAAUAUCUGUCAUGCUUUGUAUACUGCUCUCCAGAAGAGUGUGAAUGGCACAAUCGUUUUCCGCAGCUUCUCAAGUGGUUUUCUACUGAGAGUCGUGUAUGUUGUCCGGGAGAUAUGAAAGGAAUAACAUUUUGGCAACUGGUGUGUUCCUCAGUGCCGCUGAUAAAAACGCGUUCUACCGAAGUGUCGUCCUUCUAUGAUUGGAAUACAUCACCUUCUCCUAAAAAAAUUCUUCUCCAAUUGAAAAGCAUUCAGCAAUUUUCCAUAUCAACAGACAUGACGCUAGAAUUGUUGACAGUUAUCAAAACAAUCUAUCAAGCUUUGUCUAAGCAAUCAACUCCGAUAGUAAAGGAAGCAAUAGUUUCGAAUGCACUUGUUUGGACAUCUGACAACAAUUUUCAUGCCCCUUCUAAAGUUAUCAUGCAAAAGAAUGACGAUGAUAUACAAUUAAAACCAUACAUGUAUUUCCUUUCACAAGAACUUGGAUUAAACGUUUGCAAAGAAUUGCAAACGUUUUUCACCUGGUUAGGAUGUCACUCACGACAGGAUGAAAACGUUCUUGUGCGCGUAUUGCAAGAUCUAAAGAAAAAAUAUGAGCACAGCAAGGUCAGCCAAGCUGAAAUUAAGACAGAUUUGAAAUGUGCGCAGAUGAUUUUAGAAAGGUUAGCAGAAGCCAACAUUGACUUUUCUUGGGCAUCGAAUAACAUAUUAAUGGUUGUACAAUCAACCUCAGACCAAACGAUUAAAUUUGCAAGAUUGUCAGAGUGUGUGUAUGAUGACGACCCAACAGGGUUUAACGAUGUUGUCGAUGGUGAAAAUAUUUGCUAUGUGCAUGACCAAAUUCCAUUACGUACGGCAGAAAAGCUUGGCGUGAAGUCUGUCACUCGACAUUCCCUGGCAGAGGCACAGGAUUUUGAUCAUUGGGGCCAACAUGAAAGUUUUACUACACGUUUGCGAUCACUUCUUCGUGAUGGAUAUACAGACGGUCUGUCCGUGCCUAAAGAAUUGUUGCAAAAUGCUGAUGAUGCGGGUGCUACAGAAAUUUGUUUCGUGUAUGAUGAGCGUAAACAUUCAGAUUCCCGGGAGAGAUUACUUAGCAAAAGUCUAUCCGACUUUCAAGGUAGUGCAUUGUGGUGUUAUAACAAUAAAGUCUUUUCCGAAAAAGACCUCCGGAAUAUCAUAAAGUUUAACAAUUCUGCUAAAUCCGAAGAUGUAACAACAAUUGGUAAAUUUGGGCUUGGUUUCAAUGCUGUCUACAACAUAACUGACAUUCCAAGCUUUAUAUCUGGUGCGGACAUGGUGAUUUUCGAUCCGCACGAAAAAUACCUGGAUGAUAAUAGUACUUUGAAACGGUCUAAUGGGAAAAGAAUACCUUUAUCAAAACGAACUUUGGUUAAGCGACACACCGAUCAAUUCAAGCCGUUUCAGGGUAUGUUCGGUUGCAAUGUGUUAGAUGAUCCUUUUGAACCUUAUCAAGGAACAUUGUUUCGAUUUCCACUACGAACAGCUCUACAAGCUGACCAGAGUGAAAUUUGUAAAACAGUAUAUUCGCACAGUGAAGUUCAAUCUUUAUUAGAGAUGUUAAUGAAAUCGGCGGAAAAAUUGUUACUAUUUUGUCAAAACGUAUUGUCAAUAAAACUUUUUCACAUAUCGGCUAAUGCUACGUCAUCAAAUGAAAUGAAGACUAUUUAUAUGGUACAGAAGGACUCCUUUAUGCAUACUGGUAAAAGCUGCACUAGACUUGAGACUGGUAUUCUGAAAAAGGUUGCGUCAGUCCAUGAAAAUCAAUGUGAUUUCGGCAUGGAAGAGCAUCAUACUGUAAACAUUAGACAAACCUUUUAUGAACACGCUUCGUUAUUUCCUAAUAUAAUUUACUCUGGAGCCGAUCUAAACGUUACAUGGCUUGUAACAUGGGUAUCAAAAAAUGGACCAAAACAGUUACAAACCGUAGACACAGUUCCUCUUGUUGCUGUUGCAACACCGUGUAAAACGGAAGAUGAUUGGACAUGUCAGCCAUUGGAAACACUGACUAAGGGAAACUAUGAUACAGGCCAUAUGUUUUGUUUCCUUCCGUUGCCAAUUAAAACUGGAUUGUCGUUUCAUAUCAAUGGUUGUUUUAGAGUUUCGGAUGAUAGGCAGAGACUUACCCUGCUGAAUGAAGAUGACAAAACGAGUGGAUCGAAGUGCAUUUCUCAUGCUUGGAAUAUAUUUCUUCUUCAGGAUCCUUUAGUAUCAGCACUCCUGAGUCAUAUUCAGAUAACGAAUAGUUUUUGUCAAAGGAACGAAGAUGCAUACCGUGUAUGGCCUCAUAAUUUCAAUCCGGAUGUGUUGCCCUUUGUUGCAAGCUUGUACAGAGCUGUUGUAGAUCAGAAUACACCAGUUUUCCGAGACCAAAGAAACAGCAUGCCAUUCAAUAAAAUUCUGAUUCUGGAAAAGAUCACUUUUAACUCGCAUUUUGGUGCAUUUUUUGACUUUUUGUUGAAUGUACCGUUUGUAAAAGAUAGGACCGUUGUUGAUGUUCCUGACUUUGUCUGUAAUAACCUGCGUUUAUUUAACAAAGACAAAACGUCCAUUGUCGAGCGUGCAUUUAUUUCGAAGACCGACGCACUAGUCCACUUCCUCCAUCACAUCAGUGAUCCGUAUUGGGCGAAUAAAGAAAGUGUUCGCAACAACAUGCUCGCCUGGACAAUAGUGGAAGCCGAUGAAAAGGUUAAACAGUGUUUUAAAACUAUCGCUUGCAUAACAACCCAACCAUUUGGUAGAUUACGAUCCGUUUUAGACCUCGUCCAUCCGGAAUCGCAACUUGCAAAGAUGUUCUUUGAAACCGAUGAACGGUUUAUCACUAAAUGUGAAAAAUUAAAUGAGCCAAAGAUAUAUACUAAGCUUGUAGAAUUCGGAAUGAAUUGUGAAAGUUUACCAACUGAUCUCAUUUUUGACAGGUGCGCAAGUUUGGAAGAUUUAGCAAAGAAAUGUGUGGAGUGUGCAAGAAUUCGUAUAGGAUAUUUACUGAAAUAUUUGGCGGAAUCUAACAUUCCUAAAGAAACGUUUGACCAGCUCCGAUGUUGUAGAAUUCUACCCGUUUUACAAAAACCUUGUGAAUGGAGUUUCACUUGGGAAGCCGACACGAAUGAAAACCAUUUAGUUUGUGAGAUUGUUGUGAACUGUUCAAAACACAUAAGCAAAAAGAAUCCAAUACUUGUGCUCGGUAAACCUGGUGAUUUGUUUAGACAGGACUGCUACUCUACUGUUGGAUCUGUUCAGAGCAUAGUAGAUGAAAAGGAUUGGAUAAGUUCCACUCUACUUAAGAAUCUCGGUGUUAAGAAUAGUCAUCAUCUGACUAUUGCAGUGGUAAUGGAACAAUUGCAAACAGUUGGAAAUGAGUUUGAAGAUGGAAAAUACACAGGAGAAACUCAUAAAAUAGUCGACAACAUAUACAAAGCAUUAGAUGAUCUGACCAAUAAUAUGCCAAAGGAUGCGUUCCAAAAUAUGAUUGCUUCUGACUUUAGUUCUACGCUUUCGAAACCCAUUAUUGAAGUCGAUAAAACGUUGGUUUCCACAGACAAAGUUGCAAAGUGUUCGCGUCGAUCAUGUCCGCCUUACCUUUAUGGGCUUCCAGAUUUGGUAGCUGUCUCACGCUGGAGAAUUUUUGAAAAACUAGGAGUCAAGGAAUGCUUCAGUGUUAGCGAUAUCAUACAUGUUUUAGAAAUAAAAGCACAAGAAAACAAACAAAACGUACACCUCAAUAUCAAAGAAAUUGUCAAUAUUUUAGAAAAUUUAGUCCAGUGCAUGAAUCGAGAGAAGAAAACAUAUGACGAUAUAAAACAAUACGAAGAAUGCAUUAUUGCGCCAGACAGAGAGGGUCGUUUUCUUCCAACAAGCCAACUUGCACUGGAAGAUAUUGAAAUGCCAACGAAAACAAGACUUUCUCUGUUGCAUGAUGACAUUUCUCCUAGUCUUGGUAAGGCUAUUGGAGUUAGAUCAAAACGACUGCAACUUAUAAGGCAAUACACGCGAGUAAUCCCGUUUGGGCAACGUGAAAAGCUAACAACACGCUUGAAUAAUUUACUAAAGGAGUAUCCGCCUGAUGAAACUAUAAUGAAGGAACUAAUACAGAAUGCUGAUGACGCAUGUGCACGUGAAAUUCAUUUUAUAAAGUACUAUGAAAACAAGAGAGUUGGGAAAUCGUUGGAACACGGAAACGGUCUUCAACCUGCGUUGUGCGUCUAUAAUGAUAGCUGUUUCUCUGAAAACGAUUUUGAAGGGAUUCAAAAUUUAGGCAUAGGAAGUAAAACUAACGAUCCUUCAAAGACAGGCCAAUUCGGAGUUGGAUUUAAUGCCGUUUAUCACAUAACGGACACACCUUCUUUUCUUACAAAGGGACCAGGACUAGGCGAACAUGGUCAUGUGUGCAUGUUUGAUCCAUUAUUCAAACAUAUUACAGACAUUUCAGACGGUCAACCGGGUAUUCGAUAUAAUGUUGACGAUUUGAAGGACGAUUUUCCAGAUACCACUAUCGGUUUCCCGCCAAUGCCUGGUACAUGUGGAACGAUGUUUCGUCUCCCAUUGCGACAAGAGGAAUCAGUAAUAAGCAAUUCGUGCCUUACAACAUUGGAUGUUGACCGUAUUCUUGAUAGUUUUAUCAAUGUUAUGCCAGACUGUUUGCAUUUCCUGAAACAUAUCAGGCAGAUGAAAAUUAUGAAGUACGAAAAUGGAAAGUAUACAGAAGAAUAUAAAGUAGAGUCUGAAUUGUUAGAUGGCGAAGAUAAUAAACGACAGGCUGAUUUUUUUAAUGCGGUGAACGAAAUAAUAAUUUCCAAUUUGUCAAAGAAGGAGAACAUUUUAAUUGAAAAAGCAUUCAAUGUACUUUACAAGCUGCGAAUACAUGAUACAAAAAAUAUUGACACUACAUGGUUAGUUGUACAUCAGUUUGGAGCAAACAUUGAUAGUGGGACACGAUUAGAAUCUAUUCAAAACCUUCUUAGAAAUGAUGACCUCUCCCUUCUCCCACUUGGCGGCGUUUCAUUAAAGUUGUGUUCAGGAAACGUAAACGAUUUUAUUCAAAGCUCUCUCAAACGUAUAGAACAGGAAAAGGAGAUUGCAAAACAAACGAAAACCUACCAUAAACCAAACAACAAUCUGACUUGGGAUGUGACUGAUGGAAAAGUAUACUGUUUUCUUCCUCUCCCUGUGUUAACUGGGCUUCCUAUAAAUAUUAACGGUCACUUUUCUCUUGAUAGAGCAAGGCGAGGACUCUGGGAGGAAGGUUAUCGUAUGGAAUGGAAUAGGUUUCUUCUUUCCACCGUUGUCACUGAAGCUACGAUAAGCGCUUUGAAUUUUCUGAAAGCAUAUUGGAUUGAUAGAAACAUGGACCUACUUGUCAACGGGUGGUUACUUCGGAAUUGCGUUCAAAUAUAUUUCAAUCACUUCCCCAGACACGAAUGCACACAACACAGUUAUUGGCAGUUUUUUGUGGAAGAAUUUUACCGUUGUGUAAUCGAAAAUCAAAUACAUCUCUUCCCAUGUGUUUCAGAAACGCAAACAAAACAAGGUGAGAUACGCGACCAACGUUUUCGUAUUGAAUGGAUAUAUUUGGCCACCAAUCUGAAAUGCAUUAAAGGAGCUGUAGUAGAUACUUUGUGGAAAAAAUGUUCUUCCAAAGAACAAGAGUUCUUAAUAAAGAACAUGUUAGAGGACAUGAAUGUAAAAGUCUCAUCAGUCAAUCAAGUUGUUGUUGAAACAAUGGAAAAGGCAGGCCAAAAAAUCAUUCUGAAAACAGAUCCAUGGACUGUAAUGCAAAUAGUUAAAGACAGAGUUGGUACUGUUAAUUGUUACCUUCAAGAAACUGUAAUAGGAAAAAUAAACGUUGCAAUUAGCAUUUUGUGCUAUAUACUACAGUAUGAUCGUUUUGACGACGAAAUUAUUGAUCUACCACUGUGCAUUACAAAUGAUAACAUUUUACGUAAAUACAGCAAAGAAAGAACCGUGUUUUGUUCUAAAUAUUGUGCCGUAUUACCAGGUUCAUUCGAGCGGUUUUUACAUAACGACCUUGUAUCAAUAAUGUAUCGAUGUAAACUUUUUGAAGCCUCAGUAUUUUUACACUUCACAUUUGUCAACUUUGUCGAGUUAUUGCCGUUGUCUUACGAUCCAGAGAUUCUCUGCAGUGGGGAAAACGUAAAAUGGAAAUUCAGCGAUCAUAAUCCUAUAGAACCUAGCACUGUUCGCCUGCUAUGGGAAUUUAUUUUGGAUGAGUCCAAACGCCCAACGGCAGAAGAAAAAACACAGAAUGUGAAUGUGUUCGAAAGGAAUUUAGAAGCAAUAUCAGGGUGGGCAUUUUUGCCAUCACAGGUUACUAUACAAGAUCAUUGCAUAUAUGAAUUGAUACCGAUCGAGCGAGCGUACACUCUUCUGUCGGGUUCCUAUCAUGCCGCUAUACGGCCUAUUGCAGAAAAAGCCAAUAUUGGAACAUUGGAUUCGAGCGUUUUCAAGGAAAAGACACAGAUUGACAAUGAAGUAAUUGAUAAAUUGAAAGCUUUAAUAACUUCGCCAUGGAACCCAGAUCAAGUUCUUUUAUGUUUUCACUAUCACAAAUCAAAACUGUUAUCUUGCAAUGUAACAAGUGAUGAAGCCUUUAAAUUUUUGCGUGUUUUCGAUCAAAGUACUGAUAUCCUCACAAGGAAACUUGCAGGACGGGCAAAAAUCCUUCUUCGAGAACUUCCUUUGUAUGAAACAAUGCAACAAGGAUCGUUCGUCAGUCUCGAUGAAGUUGUAGAUGUUGUUGUGUCAAGCAGUGAAAUGCCACCAGAAGGCUUAAACGAGUGGGCGUAUAGUCAAGGAAAAGUGGUUGUAAAGGAAAACAUUCUUUUGAAAGAUCUUUACAAUUUCCUCGAAUUACCUCACAAAAACGACUUAGAUUUGUAUGUUCGAAAUAUUUUGCCAAACAUGACUCAUAUGCCAAGACAAUUUUGGUUGGCUCAUGUCGUAUAUGUGAAAGAUCAUAUGUUGUUGACUCAAGUGGGAAGAUAUUUUUCCGAAAUGCAAAAGCGAUUAAUUGAGUUGGUAAAAAAUCUUCCAUUCAUAGACAUUGAAGGACGAUUUUAUUGUGCGCAUGAGCUUUAUGACAGGUCUCACCCCGUAUUUGCUACAAUGUUGUCAGAAGAGCAAUUUUUACCUGCGCAUUUUAUGGACGACAUUUGGAAAGCUUUUAUGGAAAUUAUCGGGUUAAACAUUCGCCCUACAGGCGCCAUGAUGCUGGAUUAUGCUAGGCAAAUCGCGCGAAAUGGUGCAAUGGGUGUAAAUGAAGAUUUAAUCGCCGCAUCUGAUGUGAUUGUGUCGUGUUUAUUUGGAGAUUUUGAUGACACGUUUGAAAGGGAUGUGUUUAGCAGCAUUAAAGGUAUUAAGUUUGUUGUUCCAUACACAAUUUCGUCGGAAAUGGAAAACAUUUUUCGAGCGUAUUGCUCUAAACAAUUUUUCAUAUGUUUUGAGGGAUCUUGUAGUGGCACAUCUGCAGACAUUUGCUGGACAAGCGCUUCUCUCACCAAACGAGAUCCAGAUGAGAAAUUAAUGAACUUUUUAGAGAUAACUCAAGAACCUAAAGUCGAUUCUGUGAUAAAACAUUGUCAGAAUAUUUGUAGUGUUUUCGAAGAUGAUUUUAAGAGGGAACAAACCCAACACCAAAAUAAGGUUUUUUACAUGGAAAGUAUAUACAGGUUUCUGGAACGUAAUUUGCGCCAAAUAAACGCAAGACUUUUGGAAAGCAAUCCUGUCAUUUUGAUACCGGAAGAAGCCAUGGCCAAAGCGUCAAAUGUAUUUGUUUCAGCACCAGAAAGAGUAGAACUUCGACCAUAUCUAUACAAAGUACCUCACCAAUUUCAGCGUUAUAUUGAGUUGUUCAAGAUACUUGGUGCAUCGCCUGAGCCAACGUGCCUUCAGUAUGCCACUGUUUUGCGAAUGAUAAAAGACCAAUUCGUCAACGAAGAGCCUCCUGCUAAUAUAUUGGAUGUAGUUUCAAAAGCUAUUCAGUAUUUCUUCGAAAGUAUUCCUACCAAAACUGGAGAGGUACGAAAACACUUGGAAAAUAUUACGCAUCUGUAUUUGCCAAACCAAAAACGAAUGCUUAUGAAGUCGUGUGAAUUAACUGUAUCGGAUAACGACUUGUAUAGACAGGAAUUAGAAGAAAGGUGCCACUUAAAUAUUUUUCUAGGUUUUACUGAGUUAAACAUUCGGUUUAAUCAUUUGAUAGACCCAUUUGAACUUCUCCCCAAAGCACUGAAACCACGUUUACUUACUAAUGAUGUCGAAGAAGUGAUUUCCACAGAAAAUAUCAUAGAAGUAUAUAGUGCAGAGGCAGAACAUGUUCAACGUUUUUUAUGUUCAUAUCAUUUUUUUGAAGGACUGUGCAGAUUAAUAAAGCAUGAUGAAGUACAGCAUGGUGUAUAUAAUCAAAACUUUGAUGAUGAAUUACAAUAUAAUAUAUUGUUAAAUAUUGGUAUUAAAGAGGUAUCGGGUUUGAAAAUUGUGUUACGUUACCAAGGUCAUAUUGUAGAAGGUGUUGAGAUUGAAAACGAGUAUAACUUACAACAAACGUCAAGGGUUGACUUGGAGUCGGGAAAUGCAAGUGUAUAUUACUGUCUUUAUUAUCAAACAGAGAAUUCUGAAAAUACUGGGAAUAUGAAUAGUGCCUUAAGGGCAGGUUUAAUGUUUUUUAUAGAGAUGUGCACACACAAACACUUAUCGAGAGAAUCGCUUUUGCUGUUACAACAGAUUUUAGACUUAAAUAGGGAACCCGAUAAAAUAAGUCGAUUUUUAGACAGAAAACAUAUAAGAAAUUUAGAUAAUAUUUCAAGAAGAAAUGUUGUUGUAUUUCCAUUUCCUGGUACCUAUGUGGAGGAAAGGUUUUACCGAUUUAUGGUCCAGCAGAUAACACCGUUUCGAGAACACGAGUAUAAAUAUGUUGCUUUAGAAAUAGAAAACGAUGAAAAUGACGACGAUGCAAAUGCGACCCGUUUCAUAUAUGCACAUAUCGAGAAAUUAAUCCAGUCGGACAAUUCUUCAACGUUGAAUCUUAGAUAUUUGGUUAAUAUUGGAUAUAGCCGUGGAGGAACUAUUGUUGUGCCGAUAUUUCGACUUUUUAAAUUCAUACCCUUAACUACAGUCACCAGCCAGGAAGUUGUGGAAUACGACUCUGAACCUAUCUCGUCCAUUCCGUUUGAUACAAACUGUCAGCGUAUUAUGGAUGAGCUACAAGAAGCCUUUGAAAACUUCAACAUUCAGGACAGAAGGCGAAUAAUCCGGCGCAUGCUGUUGAGAUGGCACCCAGAUAGAAAUCCAGACCAUGAAGAAUAUUCAAAGCGUGUCUUUUUUUUCAUUCAGAACUGCAUUCUUAGACUCGAACGUGGCGAACAACUAAAUCUACAACCGGAGCCGCAAAUGCCAGACAUGCGCGGUUCGCGAUACUGGAACGUUUGCGUAGAUGCAACAAAUACAGGCCACGUUCAUACGAGAGGUUACCAAGAAAAUCUAGAAGAGUUCAAUAGGUUCAAUAGAAGAGGGCCUCAUAGGUUGUCUGAGUAUUCUCCCGUUCCAAGUCCAGGGGAAUAUAGACGCUGGAUAAGACAAGCUAAACUCGACUUUCAAACUGGUCAAUCUCACUUGAAUUGCGCAGAAAACCACCCUGACACAUUUAACUGGAUAUGUUAUAAUUGCCAUCAGGCGUGUGAGAAGGCUCUGAAAGCUGCAUGGUUUAAGAAAGACGCCAACAAAUGCCGUUUGCGGGAGCAUAGUCUUGUUAGGAUCGCAGAAGGACUGGACGGUGAAAUUGUUCAAAAGGCAACUGAAUUUGAGGACCGUCUCAGUCUUCAAGGACAAGCCAAUUUCAGACUUCGUUAUCCGGAUAGUGUAAACAGCUGUCAAAUCCCUUCCGAGGUGUUCAGUAAGGAAAACGCCACGUACGCUGUAACCACUACAAAGACGAUCAUAGAACUGGUUGAGGAAUUAAGCAGAUAAGUUCAAAACUGAAAUUUUUCGGUAUUAUUGCAAAUGAAAAUAACAUAACAGCAUUUAUAAUAAUGGGAAAUCGUUGCAAAGAAAUAUUUUAAAAUAAAUUUUAACAUUUGCAUAUAAGUUUUCUUUUUGGAUGUAAGCAUUAUACAGGAAAUGUGCCAUUAUUUAAGUAUAGUUCAGGAUUGUACUAAAAUUGUGCAUUUCUUCGGAAGUUGUCGUCGUAGAUAUGAUCCAUUGAAAUGAUGCAUUUAUACUUGUUCAUCUGAAGAUUUGCCUAAGGAAACCUAGUAAACGCAUGGUCACUGUAAAAUCUACUUGUUUGAAAAUGCAUACGAUUCAUAAUAGAACUUGUCCGUCAUCGUACCCGUAACCACAGGCUAAAGUUUGACAAACUGUUAUUAUGGUUGUGCAUAUCUCCAAAUCAUUAUGUUAUUGUAAUUUUAAUUUUAGUUCUCUUUAUGCCUUUAAGAUAUGUAUUGAUAAAAAUGUGAAAAAAAUGUGCUAGUUCAGUUAUUAUGUCAAAAUGUUUGCAUGCAAAUUUCCAUUUAAUCUAAUUGUUAUGUAUUUGCUUGAUGUACAUGUAUAAUAUUCUUCUAUCAGACUGAGUUUUAAAAUCAUGAGAUUUUGAUUUUUUUCUACAAAUUAGCUAACUCGUAGUGCUAUCAAAAACGCACUAAAUUAAAUAUAAAUGUCGUUGACAUUUCUUGAAAUAGUAUGUGUGUGUAAUAACUAGUUUAUGAGACGUAAACAACCACGCGUGUUUAUUUGUAAAUAUAGCAUACACUUGUAUUAUAAUUUCUAUGUUGUUUUUAUUGUUAAAAUAAUGCUAAAUAUUGUCAGUUAUAUAUUUUCACUGUUUGCAUGCUUGAAAUAUUUGUUUAAAGAAUUUUUCAAAUAAUUUAAGCUUAUAAUAAAUAGAAUAGUAAAUAGUAAUAACAUAGUGUUGUACAGUAGUUCUGGCGAUAUAUGUCAGUUACACAACUGACUGACGGUAUUUUGUCGGAAUGGAAAUAUUUUGUUUCAAUUACUUGAGUAACGUGAUAUAUGUGUAAAUAAAUGUAUAGUAGUAGUAUAUAUAUUCAUAUUCAUUUUCCUGCUGUAAAUGUUUGUAUACAAAUUAUACAAAAAAGCGGUUUUAUUAUUGAUUAAACAUUCAUAUGCAGUAGUUUGUUGUAAAUAUUUUGAUGAUCUACAUGCAGUAAACAAGUGGUUCAUACUAGUGAUUGAACAGUCAUAUAAAAUAGUUUGUUGUAAAUACUUUGAAGAUCUAUAUAUGCAGUAAACAAGAGGUUUAUAUUAGUGAUUGAACAGUCAUAUAAAGUAGUUUGUUGUAAAUACUUUGAGGUUCUUAAUGCAGUAAACAAGUGGUUCAUAUUAGUGAUUGAACAGUCAUAUAAAGUAGUUUGUUGUAAAUACAUUGAUGAUCUUCCUGCAGUAAACAAGUGGUUUAUAUUAGUGAUUGAACAGUCAUAUAAAGUAGUUUGUUGUAAAUACAUUGAUGAUCUAUAUGCAGUAAACAAGUGGUUUAUACUAGUGAUUGAACAGUCAUAUAAAGUAGUUUGUUGUAAAUACUUUGAGGAUCAAUAUAUGCAGUAAAAAAGUGGUUUAUAUUAGUGACUGAACAGUCAUGUGAAGUAGUUUGUUGAAAAUACUUUGAGGAUCUAUAUAUGCAGUAAACAAGUGGUUCAUAUAAGUGAUUGAACAGUCAUAUAAAGAAGUUUGUUGUAAAUACUUUGAGGAUCUAUAUAUGCAGUAAACAAGUGGUUUAUAUAAGUGAUUGAACAGUCAUAUAAAGUAGUUUGUUGUAAAUACUUGUAUGAUCUAUAUGCAGUAAACAAGUGGUUUAUAUUAGUGAUUGAGCAAUCAUAUAAAGUAGUUUGCUGUAUAUACUUUGUGGAUCUAUAUGCAGUAAACAAGUGGUUAAUAUGAGUGAUUGAACAAUCAUAUAAAGUAGUUUGUUGUAAAAACUUUGAUGCAGUAAACAAGUGGUUUAUAUUAGUGAUUGAACAGUCAUAUGAAGUAGUUUGUUGUAAAUACUUUGAUGAUCUAUAUGCAGUAAACAAGUGGUUCAUAUUAGUGAUUGAUUAGUCAUGUGAAGUAGUUUGUUGUAAAUACUUUGAUGGUCUAUAUGCAGUAAACAAGUGGUUCAUAUUAGUGAUUGAACAGUCAUAUGAAGUAGUUCGUUGUAAAUACUUUGAUGAUCUAUAUGCAGUAAACAAGUGGUUCAUAUUAGAAAUUGAACAGUCAUAUAAAGUAGUUUGUUGUUAAUACUUUUAUGAUCUAUAUGCAGUUAACAAGUGGUUCACAUUAGUGAUUGAAUAGUCAUAUAAAGUAUUUUGUUGUAAAUACUUUUAUGAUCUAUAUGCAGUAAACAAGUGGUUUAUAUUAGUGAUUGAACAGUCAUAUAAAGUAGUUUGUUGUAAGUACUUUGAUGAUCUAUAUGCAGUAAACAAGUGGUUCAUAUAAGUGAUUGAAUAGUCAUAUAAAGUAGUUUGUUGUAAAUACUUUGAUGAUCUAUAUGCAGUAAACAAGUGGUUUAUAUUAGUGAUUGAACAGUCAUAUAAAGUAGUGUGUUGUAAAUACUUUGAUGAUCUAUAUGCAGUAAACAAGUGGUUUAUAUUAGUGAUUGAAUAGUCAUAUAAAGUAGUUUGUUGUAAAUACUUUGAGGAUCUAUAUAUGCAGUAAACAAGUGGUUUAUAUUAGUGAUUGAACAGUCGUAUAAAGUAGUUUGUUGUAAAUACUUUAAGGAUCUAUAUGCAGUAAACAAGUGAUUCAUAUUAUGCCUCGGUCACACUGUCACGAAUCAGAGCUACGAACGAGCUAUGAAUACUUUUCGGCAGAGUUCGUAGCUAUCCUUACUUGACCGUGGCUCUCCGUACUUGAUCCGUGAUCAGUCGUAGUAGUUUUUGGAUGUCCGUAGCGAAUCUUGACAAAUUUUGAACAUGUUCAAAAAAUUGCUACGAAUUUAUCGACCGUAGCGUAUCCGUAGCAGUCCGUACUGAUCCGUACUAGUUCGUAACGACACCGUAGUCGUCCGUACCUUUUCGUAGGCCAACAGAUUUUCAAUGACUUCUACGGAUUGAUACGAAGAAGUACGGAGCGGUACAGUUACGCUACGUAUUAGCUACGAUUAGUCCACGGAUAUACUACGGAAAGCCACGGUUCUAGUACGUUUUACUACGGAUAGGCAGGAAUUCGCACGAUCUUGUACGAUGUACUACAUUUCAGCACGAAACAGUACGGACAUUACGGUCCAUUACAAUAAAUUGCUACUGAAAUACAUCAUUGAAAUUAUAAAGCAACCGUACUUGCAUUUGUUGAGUUCACAAUCAUGAACCGCCAGCAAAUUGCGUUUGCGAUACAUUUGUUACACUUUGAUAUUGAUAUGGCACAAAAUGCAGAGGCCGUAGUCGAGCUGCUUGACGAUAUGCACAGAGGUUAUAAUGAUUCAAUAUCGUAUAACUAGUAUAGCUUUGUGCUAAAGGUUACGUAUUUUGAAAAUAUUAGAAUUUGAACUAACUAGUAAUACAUUUUUUUUAUUUGCAGGUAAGUGUCUGCCUCAUAUGCCUUUUGAAUCUUGCUCUUACUUUUACGUGAUUAAAUAAUUGUUAAAUUAAUAGCCGACAUAAUACAACACAAUAUUACUCAUACUUUCCUAAGCCUAAUCUAUAUGUGUACAUCAAUAAUUACAUACUUUAUCAGGUCAGAUAAGAAAAAGGAGGUGGUGGAUAAGAGACUGGCUUUUAAGACGACCCGGCUCUUGGUUUUGGAUGGAGUAGGUAGACCCAGACACGGCUGAUUCCAUUAUUUCUGUUACGCGCUGUUGCUGCCGCUUGCGUGUUCUCUUUUUGGGAGUCAUUCUGUGUAUGACGAUACAAGAGGCUGUGGGCGCAAUGUUCAAUCGUAGUUCGUUCCUCCCUGUCCGUACCAGUCCGUCGCAAUUCUCGCUGCUUCGUAGUGGACCGUUCUAGUUCGUACUAACCCGUACUAGACCGUAGCGGAUCCGUAGUUAGAUCGUACUGAUUCGCGUAGCAACGUACUUUAUCGUACCAGACCGUAACGGAUUCGUAGUUUGAUCGUACCGACUCGUGGCGCUCCGUACUAAAUCGCGUCGAUCUGUAGCAGUCCGUACCUUUCCGUGUUCGUUUUCCAACAUUUUGAUGGUAGAUUCGUUGUGCUCCGUACUGAAAUCGUAGCGGCCUACGAAUUUUGACAAUUUCGUAGUCAUUCUUAGCCGAUUGAAUCGUAGCUUAUUCGUAGCUCUGAUUCGUGACAGUGUGACCGAGGCAUAAGUGAUUGAACAGUCAUAUGAAGUAGUUUGUUGUAGAUACUUGGAUGAUCUAUAUGCAGUAAACAAGUAGUUCAUAUUAGUGAUUGACAGUCAUAUAAAGUAGUUUGUUGUAAAUACUUUGAGGUUCUAAAUGCAGUAAACAAGUGGUUUAUAUUAGUGAUUGAACAGUCAUAUAAAGUAGUUUGUUGUAAAUACUUUGAGGAUCUAUGUACGCAGUAAACAAGUGGAUUAUAUUAGUGAUUGAACAGUCAUAUAAAGUAGUUUGUUGUAAAUACUUUAAGAAUCUAUAUGCAGUUAACAAGUGGUUCAUAUUAGUGAUUGAACAGUCAUUUAAAGUAGUUUGUUGUAAAUACUUUGAUGCAGUAAACAAGUGGUUUAUGUGAGUGAUUGAACAGUCAUAUAAAGUAGUUUGUUGUAAGUACUUUGAUGAUCUAUAUGGAGUAAACACGAGGUUUAUAUUAGUGAUUGAACCAUCAUAUGAAGAAUUUUGUUGAAAAUACUUUGAGGAUAUAUAUGCAGUUUCAAAACUAGAAAGACGUUGUAACCUUAAAGCACUGUUAAACGGAAUGUAAAUAUUUUGCAUUCAUAGUAUUGUGUUGAAUUACUUUUUGUUGUCUUGUACAAUAUAUGUUCACGAACAAUCAAGUUUUUAACUGAUAUUUUUCCUUAAUGUGUUUCAACUUAUUGACAUAUGCUUUAUAAUUGUGCACAUGUGCAAGGAUCAGUAGUGGUUAAUCUAAUAUUGUAUUAUAGAGAGUUGAGUUAUGCCGUUUGCAAGGCGUGUUAUAUGUUUAUUAACAUAACUUUAAUAUUAAUGUUCGCAUUGAGUAGACGCUUCAUUCUCGGUUUAAAAUUGUUUAAGUAUAAAAGUGUUAUAAAAGUUAUGAAUUAGUUCCCAGUAUGACUAGUGUACGUGAAACUUCUAAAUAUAAUGUAUAUAGCAUGUUUGUGUGUGAAGGUCGUUAGUUUUCUGUAUGAUGUUUCGUUUUCUUAUGGUUUAUUACAUUUUGUAUUUUGAAUACGUUUGCAUGUUGAUUCGGAGUAAUUAUGGAAUUAUGAUUUAGCUGUUCCAAUUAUCAUCGCAUAUUUUUGUAUUCGAUAUAAAUUAAACGUUAUAAAUUUAAGCAUAAUCUGUGGCAAAUAUGUUCAUUUACAAUUUGGAUUUGUCGUCAUAUAUACUUGUUUGGACAUCACAUAUAGCAGGCAAUAUGGUCAAUAUGUGUAUCCGUAAACUAAUACAUACUUGUUUCAAAAACUACAAAUAAACCUGAUGUAAAUAUUAGAGGUCGGUGUUAUCGUUUGCAGAAAUAAUGACGACUUUCUUUGAUGGAAUCAGAUAGUCUUAAUAUUCAAAUACACAAUGUAUACUACGCAGAUUUUGUAAAGGUUGAGACAUAUUUGAUGUUUUGCAUCAUCGUGUACUUCGCUUUUUGACGUAUAUAUGCAUUUGAAAAAGAUAACUUAGUGUUUAUUUUUUAGGAAUUGUUUAUUUUGUGUCAUAUUAUAUUGCAUAAUUAUGUCUAAAUAAACGUUCGAUUCAGUGUUUACGCAAAAGGAUUAUAUUUGAUUGACCUAUGUUACUAUUAUUGCCUCCGACAAAGUUAGAAAAUUUGUUAGAUUUGAUUUGUUCAUUGAAUGAGUUUGUUACAAAGCUAAACGUAAGGAAAAUAUUAUGAAUACAUGUACAUAAAAUACUCGGAGAUAUGUAUCUUAACGCAAACGUAUGAAUGACCAUGUUUUGUAAUUACGAACGUUUCUGUUUAUUAAGUGUGAAUAUUACAAAAUUCUAAAUAAAAUGACUUGGUAUGGAAGGUCACUUUCUUACAAGAGUGGCAUAAUUUUGCGAAAUUUGCGCGUUCUUUUUAUAUUUCUUUCUUGGUUACGCUUAUUUCUCGAAUAACAAAAUAUGUUUUAUUUUUUGUAAAGCUUAUUUUAAAGUUUUAGUUCCAUUCAGGUUUUAACACAGAGGGGAUAAAAUAUUGUUGCCCUCAGUCCGCCGGCACAUCUAGAUCAUGCGAUUAAUCAUUAAAGUUCUAAAGGUACUUGGAUAAAACUUGUUUUACUUAUAAACAGCUAACGGAGUAUGCAUUUUUUUGUGCGUGACAAAUGUCCAUCACUGCGGUUAAAACAAAACAUAUGAUCAUGCAACUUGGUAUACAAAUUUUGGCCUGUAAUUUAUUCUCUUUUUUUCAUUUACAAACAAUAACAACAACAGAAAUUGCAUAGAUAUGUAAAAGAUAAAUAAAGUAUAAUAGACAUUGUUUUGUAUUAAGAAUGUACGGCAUGGAUAUGCUCGACUUUUUAUUUUGACAAGGUUCAUGUGAAUACAUGUUUACUUUAAUCAAAUAAUAUUCUAUACUGAAACAACUCGAAAUGUACUGAAGACAUAUUAAUAUAUGAUUUGAUUAUAAAACGUGUGUACAUAUACAGAUAACAGAACACGUGUGGUUAAUAUACACUUGUUAUGGUAUGUGUAACUUGUAGAGGAUUAAUUAGAGGCGUUUUAUACUGCUAUAUUUGUGUAAUAGCUGAAUGGUCUAUAUGUAAAUUUAAGUCAUAAAGUUAUUUAUGCACUUUUUUCAUAUGUUCGUAGCUUCUUUACAUUCUUUAAAUAUAACAUGAUCAAUAUGAUUAGCUGACAAUCAAUUUUCAGGUUUAUAAAUACAAUUAUUUUAGAACGAUUAAAGAAAAUUAUUUGAAGGCAAAUAUUUUUAGAAAGAGAUAUCAAUGAAAUUAUUUAUUUCGAAAGAUAUGUUUUUCUAUUACCAAUUUGUUAGAUUUAUGUUUGUUUGAUUUAUGGUGUUAUAUGUAUGUUAUCGUUGUACAACGCUGUUCAUUAAUUUAUAUUUUUCCGUGUUUUUCAUUAUAAUAUAUAUAAAAAACACAUUCAAUGUUAUGCUUGCAUAUGUAUGACCCUAACAGAGGGGGGCCGGCUAAUGAAUUGUGAAUAUUAUAGAUUUUGUAUGUUUAAACGUGUGUUUCUUUUUAAAUACUUUGUAGUAUAAUAUAUUGUGUAUAACUCACACCAAGUAUAAAAUAUGGGAAUAUCACACAUUUAUAUAGUGUGUUAAUAUUACACAUUUUUAUAAAUGACAAAGAUAGCCGAUGUUAUAUAUUAUUAAAUGUUAUUUGUUAUUUAAUUCAUGUAUGUUUUUCUGUUGAUUUCUGUAGAAUAAUUUGUCUUGUAAAAAUACAAGUGUGCAUCCUAUUAUGUAAGGUAACAUUGUCUAGACAUUCAAGGCUGUUCUUAUCUCACUUCAACAUAAUGUUCUCAUUGUAGCCUUAUGUGAUCGCCAUUUGUAAACGCUUAAAAGAUCAUAUCUCGUGCUCAAUCAUUAUGACUCUUGGCCACACAAUCUGUCAAAUUAAUAUCUAGGCAAAGUCCGAAACCCUCUUCAGUUAGUGGCAUACAUCUGUCCGUCCCCUAAGUCAAAUUGUAGACAAAGCUUGUAAACACGCCAGCUUUCAAAUUGUUUGCCUUAUCUUCUUGAAGUUUGUUCAGAACAAUUGUCAAAAAUAUUUUUCUAACGAAACAUGGUCCAGUGGGCUCAAUCUGAAGACAUUAGUAAAAUUUUAUAUAGAUCACAUUUACUCCCAAUUUUAAUCUUAAUGGACCCUGGUCAGAACAUUUGUCCCAAUGAUAUCUUGGUCGAGUUCAAAACGGGGUUAUGUGGGGUAAAAACUAGGUCAAUAUGUCAAAAGUAUGAAAAUACAUUGGUUUAUUCUGUAAGUUUAAAUUAUUGUAAAAUGUUCGUUAAACGUUGACAGAACAUUUGUCUUAUUUAAACCGAAUUAGAAACUUGGUUACUUGUUUCCACAUUACUAUCAUAUCAAUAGAAUAUGCAGAUUACUAACACCAUACGAGUGGCUUAUGGCUGGCACAGCCCUCUUUCUUAUUUUGUUUCGUUGGUUUUUGUACAAAUUUACUUCGUAAAUUAAAUUUACAACAAAGAUAUAUAUUAACAAGAUUGUCUAUGAUACAAAAGCUAUUAAUAAGUGUCAUUUAUAUUUGUUUCUGUGUACAUACACUACAACAUAUGUGUCCAUACACUACAACAUAUGUGACCAUACACUACCUGUCGAGUAUGAGCCUUUUAAAUUCGUUGAAGAUUAUUAGGUAUGAAGACUAUGUUACCAGUCACUAUACAGUCUAUAUAUUCACUUAUUUUGUUUGUACUAUGUAAAAGUUAUAUGUUCACGAUUUUUUCACUGUUAUUAUAUUACCGCUCAUUUGUCUCGGAAAUAUACGACUUGUUUUAGGUGCACAGUAUUUGCAAACGCAUGUUUAGUGCAUUACCAUCAUAGGAGUUGAUACAUCUUAAGUUGGCUGUAAUGUCAUACCAUUUCCUACCAAAUAUGACAUUGAUUGGUUACAUAAUGGCAUCGUUUCCAGCCAUGUCUAAAUGCAACACUAAAAUAUAUCUAACAAAUAUUGUGAAUGUCAAUAUACAACAUAAGACGUAACAAAUAAUCUUUCUGAUCACUUUUUAUAAGGCAUUCAUCAAAAAUACAUGGCUUCUAAAAGAGCGGUAAUGUAUUAAUUUUUAUACUAAUUGUUAUGAUAAAUGUUCUUUUAUAUGUAGCUAAUAAAGACUGAUACAUAUAAAAUGAAAGUUGUCAGUUCGAUAGAGAAAGACGAUCCUGGUUCAACGACUACGAAAUUACUAAAUCUUAACAUAAAAUAUUGGCAAAUGCAAACUAUAAAUCUUAAGAAUGGGUAUAUGAAACUUGAUGUAAUGGUAGAAUGCUAAUAAUGACAAAUUAUUGUUAUUUGGAUGGUAAAUGUAUAACCUUUUUAGUAAAAUAGAAAAAAUAUAUUUACGUGUGCAAUGACUCCACUAAAACCACCAAAAUGCGUAGGGUAUAUGAUUAUUAUUAUUAUUAUAUUCAACCACGCCAACUUAAAUUUAAUUCAAUUUAUACUUUGUAGAUUGUCUUGUUUUAAAUAAUAAAAUGUAAUUAUAAUCAGUUUAAUUAAUACCGAUAUACUUGUACAGAGAAUGAAUGAAAUUAACGAAAUGCUUAACACAAUGUUUUAUAAUCAAUAUUAUUCUAAUAAUUGUAUUUGAUAUUUUCUAUGAUAAUCGAAUAGGAUUACUUACAAACAAACAUGGUUCGUAUUUUCUUUUGUUUAAAAGAAUAGUGUACUUUAAAAGUUUAUUAAUUGCCUAAGAUCACAUUUUACUAUGUAACCAAUGCAAUAUGACUUAAUAAUAAAUAUUUCUCUUG